AUGGCCAACGUGGCGCAGGCCUUGGAGAGUCAGGUGCUCGUGGCAUCCUUCCUCACACGCCACGAGCUGUCGGUAGAGAAGGCCGUCGAGGCAAUGCAGCGAACCAUCAGCUGGCGCAAAGAGAGCGGAGCCUCAGAGGCGAGGAAACAGCUGCUGGCGAAGCCCGAGAUGAGGUUCGCGGACUUCCCUUUCGGAUCAGAAGUCCUCAACUUCUUGCCGCAGUGCGAGGGUGGCCUUGCCAUCGAGAAGCGCGGGCUGCCCUAUGCGCUGCGCUGCACUGGACUCGCCGACGCGGUGGGCCUCUUUGAGCAGAUCACAGAGGACAACCUGAUGCUCUUCCAGAUGUACUUGAAUGAAUGGCGGCUGCUGCAACUGGAGCAUCACGCUCAUGAGACUGGACAGCUGUGCGGCGUGCUCAUGGUCCAGGACAUGUUUGCCCCUGCUGGGCUCCUGAAUGUUUGGCGCAAGCAGCACCAGAAGGCCGCAGUGAUGCGGCGAGUGACCAGCAUGAUGGAUGAGCACUAUCCAGGUCUCAUGGAGACAGUGCUGCUGGCAAAUGCUCCGUGGGUCUUGAAUGCGCUCAUGAAGCUUGUCACGCCGUUGAUGCCUCCCAGAGUUGUGAAGAAGGUCCAGGUGGUCUCCGUCCCUGAGACGGCGGAAAAGUUGCUGGAAUACAUUGGGCCAGAGCAUUUGCCCUGCUUCCUGGGAGGCCUCGGCAAGAACGAGGACUUUGUGGCUGCUCGAGCCGCGCUCCUGACAGCUCCAGGCGCCGAUCUCUUUGUCAAGGCGGGCGGUGUUGAGGAGCAACGCUUGCAGCUGGAGCAGGGGGAGGUGGCAGUAUUUGGCUUCAAUGUGGGCGCAGAUUUGGACAUCCUGUUCAGCUGCUGCUUCCUGCCCGAGGGCGGACUGCCCCAAGACGUUGUGGCCUCGGUGCGCGUCAAGGACACGGGCUCCACCUUCACGGCCUGGUGUCGUGGGUGCCUGGUGCUGAGCUUUGACAACACCUACAGCUGGGUGAAGUCCAAAACCAUCCGUUUUGAGCUGAUGAAGAUGCCAGAGGCCGAGGAGCCAAUCGGCACGCCGGGCGCGAAGCCGAUUGACGCGGAGACCGCAGAACCCACGGAGACGGAGACAGAGACCUCGGUAACCUCGGACUCGUCGCCUGAGCGAGAAGCCAAGUCCGAGGUCAGAUCGGCACAGGAAGCCACGAGCGGCUAG